AGGCCCCAACCUGCUCCUUCCCCUUUCUCGCCUGACUCUCCUCCCCUCCCCUCCCCGCUCCUUCAAGUCGAUAAGCGGACGGGCGGCUCCGGAGCGGGUCCGUCUGUGGGAAAGAGAGCGACAAAGGAGUAAGCCAGGAGCGACACAGCAGCCCCAGGCGGCCAGAGAGAUGGGCAAAGGCGGCGGCCCCUUCGAAAGGCUGCUCGACAAAGCCACAAGCCAGUUACUGCUGGAGACGGACUGGGAAUCGAUCCUGCAGAUCUGUGAUCUGAUUCGCCAGGGAGAUGCUCAAGCAAAAUAUGCCAUCGGUGCCAUCAAGAAGAAACUUAAUGACAAAAACCCACACGUGGUCCUUUAUGCUCUGGAGGUCCUGGAGUCUGUGGUGAAGAACUGCGGCCAAACCAUUCAUGAUGAGGUGGCCAACAAACAAACCUUGGAGGAGCUGAAGGAACUGUUCAAGAGGCAGACGGAACCCAAUGUCCGCACCAAGAUCCUGCAGUUGAUCCAGGCCUGGUCUCACGCUUUCCGCAACGAGCCCAAGUACAAGGUGGUGCAAGACACAUACCAGAUCAUGAAGGUAGAAGGCAACGUCUUCCCAGAAUUUAAGGAAUGUGAUGCAAUGUUUGUGUCCGAAAGGGCUCCAGACUGGGUGGAUGCCGAGGAGUGUCACCGUUGCAGGGUGCAGUUUGGAGUGAUGACGAGGAAGCAUCACUGCCGAGCGUGUGGUCAGAUCUUUUGCGGCAAAUGUUCCUCCAAGUCCUCCACCAUCCCCAAGUUUGGAAUCGAACGGGAGGUGCGGGUCUGCGAGCCCUGUUUCGAGCAGCUGAACAAAAAGGAAGACCUUGAGGCCAGUAACAUGAAGUCUGAGGUAAAGACCAUCGCCUCGGCCCCAGCAGAUCUCCCACCCGAGUACCUCACAAGCCCACUCUCCCAACAGUCACAGAUGCCCCCGAAGCGCGAUGAGGCCGCCCUGCAGGAGGAGGAAGAGCUGCAGCUGGCGAUCGCACUGUCUCAGUCCGAGGCUGAGGAGAAGGAGCGGAUGAGACAAAAGAGCACGUACUCCAUGUACCCAAAGACUGAUCCAGCACCGGCCACCUCAUCCGCACCCCCAGGGAGCAGCGUCUUGUACUCCCCACCAAUGAAUUCCUCAGCUCCCUCAGCUGAAGAGAUUGACCCUGAGCUGGCUCGCUAUCUCAACCGCAACUACUGGGAGAAGAAGCAGGAGGAGGUUCGGAAGAGCCCCACACCCUCCGCCCCGGUCCCUGUGGUGGAGUCCAUAUCCCAGCCUGUUGAAACGCACCCGGCUCCUGUCACUGUGGUGGAGCAGCAGUAUCAGAACGGGGAGUCGGAGGAGAACCACGAGCAGUUCCUGAAGGCGCUGCAGAACGCGGUGGUGACGUUUGUCAAUCGUAUGAAGAGUAACCACAUGCGUGGCCGCAGCAUCACCAACGACACGGCCGUGCUCUCCCUCUUCCAGUCCAUCAACAACAUGCACCCCGAGCUGCUGCAGCUGCUCAACCAGCUGGACGAGAAGCGACUUUACUAUGAGGGCCUCCAGGACAAGCUGGCCCAGAUCCGGGACGCGCGGGGGGCGCUGAACGCCCUGCGGGAGGAGCACCGCGACAAGCUGCGCCUGGCGGCCGAGGAGGCAGAGCGUCAGCGGCAGAUACAGCUCGCUCAGAAACUCGAGAUCAUGCGGCAGAAAAAGCAGGAAUACCUGGAGAUGCAGCGGCAGCUCGCCAUCCAGAGGCUGCAGGAGCAGGAGAAGGAGCGACAGAUGAGGCUGGAGCAGCAGAAACAGACCAUCCAAAUGCGAGCACAGAUGCCAGCAUUCCCCCUGCCUUACGCACAGCUCCAGUCACUGCCUCCUGCUGGCAGUGUGGUGUACCAGCAGGCAGGACCUGCCAACUUCCCUGCUACCUUUAGCCCCGCCGGCUCGGUUGAAGGCUCCCCCAUGCAUUCUGUCUACAUGAGCCAGUCAGGGCAGCCCACCACAGGGCCAUAUCCCUCCAUGCCCGUCUCUGGAACAGAACCCAACAUGGUGAAUCCCUACAUGUACCAGACAGCGGCAUCCGGUGGCCAAGGGGCCCAGCAGGGGCCUGGCGUCCCCAACACCAACCCCGGCUAUUCCACCUACCAGCCCACCCCGUCCCAGGGCUACCAGAAUGUGGGCUCUCAGGCCCCCCAGAGCCUCCCAGCGCUCUCCCAGGCUCAACAGGCAGCGGGAAUGGGUUACAUGGGAUACCAGCCAUACAAUAUGCAGAACAUGAUGUCCACGCUGCCUGGUCAGGAUCCCGCCAUGAGUAACCUGCCCCAACAGCCCGCUUACCUGCCAGCUCAGCCUGCCAUGUACCAGCAGGUGAGACACUCACAGUGUCCGAGCAGCUUUGGUGUUUAUGCAGCCCCCGGGAGUCUCUCAGCAGCAGCAGCCCCCGCCAGGCCCUGGGGAGGCCCAGCUCAUCUCCUUUGACUGACGCCCACCCCACCAUCGCUAGCCGGAACCGUGCAGGACGGGCAGUUAUGUACAGAGCGUCGCCCUGGGCGUGCGCUGGACUAACACUAAAUACAUGUUGGCUCUCGGGACAACCCUCCUCUUUUCCCCCCACUCCCCCACCAUCAUCUCGAGCCUCCUCACAUUCCCCAUCGUGCUGUGUGUCCUGUCAGUGAUUCCUGUAGUGUUUGUGUGGAACGGUUGGUGGGGUGGGGGGGGGAAGAAUGGAGGAGGAGCACAUUUCAAUCUCCAUUGUAAAGCAUGUUGGUAGUGGGCAGGAAAGAGGGCAAAGUAAAUGGUAAACUGUUUAUGUGCCUUUGUUCAGCACAUUUGUCUUCUCUUCAAUUUCUUCCUUUUCUCCUACCCCACCCAAUCCCCAGCCAAAAAAAAAUAAUCAGCACUUAGUUGAUUUGCAGGCUUCCUACAAAUGCUUUGUUGAGACCUCGGGAGCCCUGAAAGUUGACGUGUGUCUGUGUGUAAAGCACGUCUGACAAACCUCACUGUCACCCAGAGGCUGAGCUCACUUUGAUUGGCCCCUUCUCCAAUCGUUGGUUUCUCAUUCCCACCUUUCCCUCCUCCCCCACCCAACCAACCUGAAAACUUAAGCAGAUCAAACCCUCGAAUUAAGUAACGAGGCCAUGACCUGCUGCAGACACGCUGCUGGUGGUGGAGAGGUGGUCAAGCAGCCUCCCGGGCAGUAUAGGGUUUAGGCCGUCUAAUAGACUGCCUCCCCCCACCCUCCCCGCAGUAUACAGUACCCCUUCACCAAUAAUGCUAAGCUCCACUCGACCGUCGAAUGACUAGUUAAAAUUGUUCUAUCAGCCCUUAUAUCGCGCCUUCGUUCUCUCCCGCACCUUCGUGUAUCUAGCCGUCAGUCAGCCAGCGACUAACCUCUCUUUCUGCAAAAAAAAAACAAUGCUGCAUAAAUGUGAGUUGUGCAUGCUUGAGGCAAGAGCUUGUUUUAACUCUGCACUUAGUGGUAGUGUAGUAUAAAGCCGUGCGUGGGACUGGCAUUGACACAGCGUGGGUAAGUGGGUGGAUGUUUAUCUGAACUUUUUAUUCUGGGGUCUGGGCGCAUGUUGCUGUUCUAUUCAUGAAUAAUGUAGACUUCCCCCACCCCGGCAAUCUCUCUGCCUCUCUCUUGUCUGUCUCAUUUAUUACUUCUGUUGUACAUCAUUCAUUCUACUUCCUUCAUGUUAAAAGCUAAUUUUAAAACAAAACCGUAUUUAAUAAACUUUUUCUUCAUAGUU